GCCAUGACCAACAAUUCCCGAUAGCGAGAUUCAACGAAUUUGAAUUUCAGUCUCGACGGCGAAGUGCCUUUCUCAGAAAGUAUACGGCGCAACAAUCACCACGGAUUGUUCACCAUCAACGAACGCCCUUCAAUCCUCUUCCUUCCUCCCUCCUACCAAAUCUCCACCCCCAAUUCUCAAUUCUCCCUCCUUCCAACUUUCUUUCCACAUCGGAGCCCGAGAUACAGCAAAACCAUAUAAAAAAAGAUGGCCUCAACAACAACAUCCUCCCUCCUCCGCGCAGCGCGUCCCGCUUUCCGCCCAAAGACCUUCUACGCAUCACAAGCGACUCGAGCUUUCCGCCCGCGUUUCCAGCAGCAGGGGUGCAGAUGGCAGAGUACUGCGGCGCCUGAUGCGGCGGCGGGGCAGAGCUGGUUUAAGAGGAUGUGGGAUAGUCCUAUUGGGUUGAAGACGGUGCAUUUCUGGUAUGUCCAAUUGCAUUUCUUUUUGGGGGUCGGGAUGGGAGGGGGGAGGGGGGAGAUGGGAGAUGGGAGGUGGUUUUGGGGAAUUGGCGGGGUCGUGGUUGAGGAUGGGAUUUUGUUUGGGGAGGGAUGCUAGAAUGGGCAAUUGAGAAUGGGAUGGAAUGGAAGAUUGGAGAGAAGUAAUGCUGACUUUUGCGUGAUAGGGCUCCUGUUAUGAAGGUAUUUAUAUCCCAUUAAGAUUACGGGCUUCCAAUAGUUCCUACUCGCAAAAUCCGAAUCCUCAACAAAUUCCCCAGCACCACCGACACCUACCAGACAAUCGCUAACAAGAUUGACAGUGGUGUAUCGUUCUCGCAGGAGUAUCAGAUUUCUACCGUCCAGCAGAAAAGCUCUCCCUCGCACAAAAUGCUUCCCUCACAGCAACAGGCGCUAUCUGGACACGAUGGUGUUUGAUUAUCAAGCCUAGAAAUAUCCUGUAUGUCUCCCUCCCUUCCUCCCCCUUCAUUCCGCCUUCCACCCAAAUUGACAGAAUAAAAACUAAUAUCAUCACAAAACAGCCUCGCAACAGUAAACUUCUUCCUCGGCGUCGUCGGCGUAAUCCAAGUCUCCCGAAUCAUGAUCUACCGCAACUCAGCAGAAGGGAAAGCUGCCCUCGAACUCGAGGCCGCGAAAUCGAGUGUUGCCGAGAAGGCGGGGGAGAUCAAGGGGAAGGUUGUGGAUGUUGUCAAGAAAGCUUAAACACCCAUUUCUUGCUGAAGGGAAGGGAACGAGGAUGCAAGUGAGGGGGAGUGGUUAGAAUGAAUAGACCUCGAAUGAUUGAGAGGGCUAAUAUCCAAUGCGGUUGAGG